AACCAACUAGCCCCCCCCACCACCCCCUUACCCUACCCCCCAUCCUCAUCAUCACAUCAUCCUCCGCUUGCCCGGCCGGUUGCAUUGCAGCAAGAGGUUGCGCCGGCGAGGAUUAACGACCCCGCUGUCUCCAUCGACCGCGUCCUGCGCCGCAGCGAAGAGCGCCGCGCGCCGUCCAAGAUGCGACCCUCGCACUGCCGGCGGCCACUCGCGUCCCUAUGCCUACACUUCCUGGUGCUCUGCUUUCAAGUGCAGGCGGCGCCGGAUUUUACGCAGCACGUGGAGGCGCAGCUCCAGCGACCGGACGCCGUGAGCCGCAAGCACAUCCGCUCCUAUCAGCUCUACAGCCGCACGAGCGGGAAGCACGUGCAGAUCGUGGGCAAGCGCAUCAACGCGCGCGCCGACGACGGAAAUAAGUUCGCCAAACUGACCGUGGAAACGGACACGUUCGGCAGCCGCGUGCGGAUAAAAGGAGCAGAAUCCGGCUACUACAUCUGCAUGAACAAAAAGGGGAAGCUGGUGGGCAAGAAGGAGGGUAAAGACACGGACUGCGUCUUCAAGGAGAUCGUGCUGGAGAACAACUACACCGCGCUCGAGUCGGUCAUGUACGGCGGCUGGUAUAUGGGCUUCACGCGCAAGGGCCGGCCGCGCAAGGGCUCGCAGACGAGCCAGCACCAGCGUGAGGUCCACUUCAUGAAGCGCUUCCAGCGCACCUCGGAGGAGCGUGAGCGCAAGUUCAUCCAGGUGGCCACGGGGGCCGCGCGCCGCAGCAAGCGCAUGCACGGGGCCGCCGCCGCCGCCGGAUCGUCGUCCUCGUCGUCUGCGUCGUCGUCUGCGUCUGAGUCGUCGUCUUCGUUGGCUUCCCGCCCGCGGUAGACGCGCGAGGAAGGGAGCGCGCGCGUUGCGUGCGCGGGCGCGCGGCGCGGAAGAAGGGGCGGACGCGGCAGGAGGGAGGGGAGAAGAGAGAGAGGGAGGG